AUGACCACACCAGUCACAAUGGACUCCGCUGUAGCAGUCCCGGUCCACAGACUGCUCGAAUCGCCCACAACACGCGCUAUAGAGAUCUUUGACUGGAUAAUCACCGUUUCGACGAACCCCAUCUCCAAUUCGCGUGAUUGCGAUGCGCUACACGCAGCACUCGGCAUUCCACUGCCUGAAAUGACAUUUGGCAGCAACUUUUUGAAGAUGGAGCAUAAGCCGUCGAGGUGGGGCCUCGAGUUUGCGACGUUGGAUGCGCUGAGGGAAGUAAGAAAUGGAGAGUUGAGGGAGGGCGAUGGCGGCGUGAAGGUUGAGCAUUCUGAGGCUUGGCUAAAGAGCAGGACAGACUCAUCUUCGACACUCCCGAUGCCGAAAACGGUGCCCACGAAGCCAUACGAUUGGACUUACACAACAACUUAUGCCGGCCAUCCAAGAGUUUGGACUCCAGAAACAGAAGAAACUCUAUCUGAAGCAGGAUCGCGCUCUACGACACCUGUUGCAAUUGAGGAGCCUCGUGAAUGGCAAUGGGCUCCAGCCGAUUCGAAUGACUCAUCACACGCUAUACCACUUGCGACACUCUCCCGGCCAGACCCAAUCUUAUUCUACGCCGAAGUCCCACUUUUCGAAGACGAGCUGCACGAUAAUGGCGCUGCACACCUGCUGAUCAGAGUACGGGUCAUGCCGACAUGUUUUUUCGUACUGGCGAGGUUUACGCUGAGGGUGGAUGGAGUGCUGUUCAGGAUAAGAGACACAAGGGUCUUCCACGAGUUCGGAACUGGUGUUCCGCUGGUGGUAAGGGAAUCAAGUGGUUGGGAGGCAGAGUAUAGCAAAAUAAAAGGCGCGCUUACACGAAGGGACGACCUAUCCCCUCUGACAGACUCCAACUUCAUUGCCAAAGUCCUCACGGGCAUGCCACGAGAGACAUCACAAGUAACUGGGGCAAAGACUGGGUGGCGCGGCCUUGGGACGACUACUGAGGUCGCUAUUCUUGGUUAA